AUGCUUUGUUAUAUUUCAAAUUUAUUUUUAUCUUUAGCAGUAGUAUCACUGCUAAGAGCCAGACUUUCCAUUGCUCAAUAUGCUGACGGUGAAGAUGUAACUAUUUUUAAUGUUACCACCUCUACUCUUAAUGUCACAGGCACUUUGGCAUCCUUGGUCGGUAACCAGAGCCAAAUCGAUACUUUAUACACAAUUGCAACUUUAGGAUUAAUUGAUAUUGAAACAAAUGCAACUUAUUCAUAUGAUAAAUCUGAUUGGUUACAAGUUAGAGGUUCAGUUUAUGCCGGCAAAAAUACUACAGAAUAUGAAAAUAAAACUUUGCAUUUGGUUCUUCCAAAUGAAUUUAUUCCCGUAAAUACAAUUAAUAACAAAACUAACUCCACAAAUGUUAUUGAAAUUUUGGACUUAGAUAGUUAUGUCAUAGGGGAAAUCACCCAAUUGAACACUUCACUCAAUACUUAUUCAGUCAAUAUUUUUGACAAUAGAUCCACUGCUGUCUUUGGUACCUUUGAUUUUUUGACCAGAUUAUCAAAUUAUAGUGCGAUUACUGAACCAGAAGUUGUUAAUUACAACUUCAGCUUUAUGAAUAGUUUUGUUGAGUCUAAUUAUCAAAAAAGUUUCACAACCACUAUAUCCCUACCAAUUGAAUAUAUCUCUUUGGAUUUGCAAACCAUCACAAAGGAAAAUAUUGUAGAUUUCAACAACAAUACCGUGACUUGGUAUAUUGAUAUUCCAGUUUCUGAUAUUACUUUUACAGAUCAAGAAAAUGACAGGAACGUCUUACAUUUUAAUUCUUCUAAUGUAUACCAACAAAAUAGUGCUAAUUUUACCAGUAUUUCACCCCUAUUGAUUGAAAAUACCACCAAUGUUAAUGUCACUCUUGUAACUGACGCCCUAAUCCAAAUGGCAUCUUCAUAUAAAUUUGCUGUUAACGAAACUGAGCUACAACUAAUUUACCAAAUGGAUGAUCUUAAUAAGCCCGAGCAAUUUUUGGAUUUAACUAAAUACAUUGAUACUGCCAAUUCUACUGAAGAAAACAUCAUGCUAACUUACAACUUUAAUUCUUCCUCUUUCAACAACAGUGCAAAAUAUUUUAGAAUUAAAUAUGGUACACAGAGUAUUAGCAACAGCAGUAACGUUACCUUUAUCCAGAACUCUGCAUAUAUUUCAGGCAAUGUUUCUAACAAUUCCAUUGUACUAACCGAUAUUGCCUAUUUAAAUAGUUUAUUUGAUAUUGGAAGAGUACCAUUAUUUAAUGCUAGUACAUUCACCACAAGCACUGCGGGAGCAACAACCACCUACAAUGUAACAACUGAAACCGUUACAGCUGGAGGACAACAAUCAGCUGACACAGCAUCUGUUGCCGUUGUUACUCACUGGGACUCGGUAUAUGUUACAAAUACGGUUGUGGCAAGUACAACCAAAGUUAUCAGAUUUAGUGUUCCAACAACUGCUCAAAUAAAUACCGUAUCCGGUGACUUGUACAACAAUCAAGCUAAAAUAAAUUCGGUCUCAAGUUUUGAAACCUCCACAAUACCCAACAAAAAAAGAAACAGAGACGAUAAUGAUAUAAGGAUUUUGCCAUUUGAAGAUAGCGCUAAUACUGCCCCUGUUGCAUUUACUUUGAUAACUGCAUGUCUAUUAAGUGUUUUUGCCGUUAUUGCCUUAUAA